AUGGGGAAAAUCAUUGUUUAUGAGCAUGCCAACUUCCAGGGUAUGUCCAAAGAAUUCCACACCAACAUUGCCAACCUAAAAGAUGCAGAUUGGAAUGAUUGUAUCUCCUCAGUGAGAGUAAUCGGCCAUCCUUGGGUGGCUUAUCAGCAUGCAGACUAUAAGGGACAGUUACUGGUACUUGAGGAGGGAGAUCAUGACUUUGUUGGCAAAAAGAUGAAUGACAGGAUCAGCUCUCUGCAGGUGAUCACUGAAAAUCUGCACAAUCCCCAGAUCACUCUCUAUGAGCACGCUGAUUAUCAAGGGAAGAGCAGAAUAAUAAGAGAAGCAACCAAUCUGACCAGGGGACAUGACGAUAACACCACAUCUUCACACAAAGUUCAGAAAGGUGUCUGGCUGCUGUGUGAGCAUGGUGAUGGAAGUGGAUUUCAAUACAUUGCACGAGAGCACGAGCACCUUCCAAAUUACAAGGCAAUCAAGUUCAACGACAAGCUUUCCUUCCUGCGCCCCCUGCGCCCUGGCUGUGGCUGCUAG